AUGAGUAAUAUAUUUAAGCUGAAAUUAACUGCUCUGGGCCAUCCUAACCCAGGAGACUUCAAUUGCGAGGAUGAAAAGGAAUACAGAAGCGUAAUUUUGUGGCUAGAGGAUCAGAAAAUCAGGCAUUAUAAGAUAGAGGAGCGGGAUGGUUUGAGAAAUAUCGAGAAGGAUAGUUGGAAGGACGCUUUCAAUACUUACCAGAAGGAUUUAGUAAGCCCAGUCCUAGAGGGCACUCCAAAUGAACAAUUAAAUUGGCUUCUCUCAUAUGCUGUGAGAUUAGAGUACGCGGAUAAUGUUGAAAAGUACAAAAAUGCAAAGGUGGCAAAACCAAAGCAGGCUGCACCCAAUGUUGUAUCCUCUAAUCCCUUGGAUAACCUUGACUUUUCAAAUCCAGCAUUCAAGGCAGGUGUAGAAAGAGUCUGCACCUUAGCUGGAGUCGGACCUCACCCAGACCCUAAAUUCCGGUUGGCAGCCCUAGCCAACAUUCUAAAGACCACACCACACCCAGAACCACCCCCAACUGAGGCCAAUUUAAUACAACAGCCAUCUGAUGUCUUGAAGCUGCUGUUUGUUCAAGAUCUUAGAGAUUUGCAGACCAAGAUCAAUGAAUCAUUGGUUGCCGUCCAAACUGUAACUGCUGAUCCAAGAACUGAUACUACACUUGGAAGAGUUGGUAGAUAA